UGUUCAUAUGGGUCUGGCCAGACCCAUUCGAUCUUUAAAUGUAUGUAGAUCUUUUAUUUUUAAUAUCUGAGGCUUCUUAGUCCAUGACUUCCUAAAAUGUAGUGUGCUAAACACAAUGAAGUAGCAAAAUUAAGAUUUUUGCUAUAUUUGUUGUAGAAAUAAUAAUUUUAAACUAAUUUCGUUAAUUAAGCUCACAUGGGUCUGUGCAGACCCAUAUACGCUUCUCAUGUAAAUUGGUUAACCGUUAGGUGUAAACAACUAAACUGUUAGCGGAGGCAGCGGCAGAGAUAAUUUUUUAGUUGACAUUUGAAAAUUAAAGUGAACACGUGUUUUUUAAUUAGUGGGAAGGGUUUUUUUAAAUAAAAUGGAACAAGUAAAUAGGGAUGAAGUUGAUGUGAUGAUGCGUUUGCUUCGUAAGCUAAGUGCAGCAAAUGUGAGUCCGGAAGAACGUCAGCGACUUCAGGCACAAAUUGAAGAAAUUAUGGGACAGGAGCCCGAUCCAUUUGAAACAAGUGGCGACGUAGAAGAUGAUGAAUAUUUACCAGAUGAAGAUGACUUCGGUGAAGCAUCAGAUAUAGAACAGGAAAUCGAGUUAGAGGCUGUUCUGGAUGAAAACCAUGAUGAUAUUGAGGAUUUGUAUAGAGAAGCUAUCGCCCUUCAGGCUUCAACCACAAUGGAAUCAUGCAGCACAUCUAUUACCCAGGGCCUUAUAUACAGGUCGAAAGAUGGUAAGAUGUGGAAUUCAAAUCCUCCACCACCUGGAAGGCCUCGUUGUCACAAUGUUACAACUUUUGCUCGUAAAGGGCCACUACGAGGAGCGUCACCGAGUCAUAAAGCUCUUUUCAAGCUAUUGCUGUCUCCUGAAAUCGAAAGUAUCAUUGUGCGGGAAACCAACAGAAAAGCCAUUGAAGCGUUUCGUCUAUGGAAUGAAAAGUAUCCCAGUAAUAAUCAGCGUUCUUCGGUAAUGACUAACGAAGACGAAAUGUAUGAUUUUUUUGGGAUGCUACUUAUUGCUGGUGUAUUCCACUCGAAUUCUCAGCCAGCGAAAGAAUUGUGGGCCAGUUACAAUAUGCCAAUGUAUAAGGCCACUAUGUCAUUGAAUCGGUUCAAGAGCUUAACUACUUUCAUCCGUUUCGAUAACAGUGGUACUCGUGCUGAGAGGUUGAAGCAAAGCAAAUCUGCUGCCCUGGACGAUGUAUGGCUCAUGCUGUGGGCCGAUUUUGAGAAAGCAUACACUAACCGUCGAUGAACAGUUAUUUCCAUAUCGUGGGCGCACUCGAUUCACCCAAUAUAUUCCAAGUAAGCCGGCAAAAUAUGGCAUGAAAGUGUGGUGGAUUUGUGACUCUGUUUCAAACUACCCUUUGAAAGGUAUAAUUUAUACCGGAAAACCACCAGGUGGCCAGCGAGAAACGAAUCAAGGUGAACGGGUCGUCAUGAAAUUGAUUGGAAAAUUAUAUGGACAGCGGUAGAACUGUUUAUGCUGAAAAUUUUUUUCAACAUACAACUUGGCAGAAAUGUUGAUGGAUCGUAGAGUGGCUUUCGCCGGUACCGUAAGAAAAAAUAAGACCUUCAUUCCACAUGAAUUGCUUAACCCGAAGCGUGAUGUUUAAAGCACUUUAUUUUGUUAUCACAUUAAUAAUAUCGCUCUGUGCUCGUAUAUGGCAAAGCCGAAAAAGCCAGUAAUUAUGUUAUCCACUGCCCAUUACCGUCAAAGCACCGAUCCAUUGAAAGGAUUCAAGCCAGAUCAAAUUUUGGACUACAAUAAAUUUAAAGCGGGGUAGAUACAAUGGAUUAAAUGUUGACUGGCUAUUCGUGCAAACGCUCGACAAACCGUUGGUCACUGGCAAUGUUUUAUAAUAUGCUUGAUAUUGCCGGUUUGGCCCCAUUCAUCAUCUAUGACGAGCUGAAUCCGGCAAAGCAGAGUGAUAAGAGGCGCUAUUUUAUCAUUGAAUUGGCACGGCAGCUAGUUAUUCCACAUAUGACGAAACGGGCGACUAACCCAUUAGUAUGGAGGUUUGCUCAUAUAAGACAAGCAAUGAAUCUUUUCAAUAUCAAGGUACCGGAAUCUUGUCCAUCGACAUCAGAUGCAGCACAGCAACAAUCAUAUGCUCAAGAUGCUUCAACACGGUCAUCGUGCUACCAUUGUGCUGCUUCUUCUUCGAAAAAGCGACGUAAAACUCGUUAUAACUGCAGCAAAUGUAAUCGUCCCAUAUGUCUUAAUGAACAUUCCAUGCAACUAUAUAGUUGUAAACCCAAUUAAUACUAAUCCGUUCAAAUAAAUAAAUAAAAUUAUUUUUAAAACCGUAUUUCUUACAUUAUUUGUAUGGGUCUGGGCAGACCCUUAUGAUGCACUUACCGCAUCAUAAGGCACCGAACA